AUGCGUCCACAGGUGAUCCAUUGGGCUCACACCGGACUGCUCACCUGCCAUCCAGGAGUUAAGAGGACCAUGUACGUCAUUUCCCAGAGGUUUUGGUGGCCCUCCAUGGAGAGGGAGGUUCGGGAGUAUGUGGAGGCGUGUUCCAUCUGUGCCCGCAACAAGACCUCCUCCAGAGCGCAGAUGGGGUUGCUGCAGCCACUCCCUGUUCCCACUCGUCCAUGGGCUGAGAUCUCACUCGACUUCGUCACGGGGCUCCCGGUCUCUGAAGGAAACACCACUGUGCUCACAGUGGUAGACAGGUUUUCUAAAAUGACUCAUUUAAUAGCAUUACCCAAGCUUCCAUCUGCCAAAAGAACGGCAGAGAUUAUGAUGACUCAAGUAUUUCGUAUUCAUGGUUUUCCCAAAGACAUUGUUUCAGACCGGGGGCCCCAGUUCAUAUCCAGGUUCUGGAAAGAGUUCUGCAAGCUCAUCGGGGCCACCGUCAGCCUCACCUCUGGUUAUCACCCAGAAGCCAACGGCCAGACGGAACGUCUCAACCAGGAGUUAGAGACCUGUCUUCGAUGCCUGGUGUCGCAGAAUCCGGCUUCCUGGAGCAAGAAGCUGGUGUGGGUGGAAUAUGCCCACAACUCUCUUCUCACCUCGGCAACUGGCAUGUCUCCAUUCCAGUGCGUCUUCGGCUACCAGCCCCCUGUCUUCUCCGAGACAGAAAAGGAGAUCAUCGUCCCGUCGGCCCAUGCCAUGGUCCGGCGAUGCCACCGCAUCUGGGCAGCCGCCCGUAAGGCACUCCUACGCAGUGUGGACCGCAUGAAGAGGGCUGCUGAUCGGAGGCGCCUACCUGCGCCUGUAUACAAGCCUGGCCAGAAGGUCUGGCUCUCUACGCGGGAUUUGCCUCUCCAAGUCGCCUCCAGGAAGUUGGCUCCACGGUUCGUGGGGCCUUUCCCAGUGUCCAAGGUCAUCGGCCCUUCCGCUGUCCGUCUGCGUUUGCCCCGGUCCAUGAGAGUCCACCCCACCUUCCACGUCAGCCGGGUGAAACCGGUUAAGGAAAGCCUCAUGGUGCCCGCAGCCGCACCCCCUCCACCUCCCCAGAUGGUCGACGGCGGCCCUGUCUACUCAGUCAAGGCUCUGCUGGCUGUGCGCAACAGGGGCCGGGGCAGGCAGUUCCUGGUGGAUUGGGAGGGCUACGGUCCAGAGGAACGAUCAUGGGUUCCUGCUAGCUUUAUUGUGGAUCCUGACCUCAUCACAGACUUUUACAGACGCCACCCUCAGUUAUCUGGGCCGUCAGACUCGCCUUUACUGACCAGACUCGUGUCCUUCCCCUUGUUUCUUUCUCACGUUGCAGCUCUCAACUAUGAGAACGUGGUCGAGACCGGCUCAGAGACAGAAGAGGAGGACAAGCUGCCCGUCUCCGAAGAAGACCCUCUGAUCAACGGCACGGGGAGCCCGGCCAGCCUCACCAACCCAGAGGCCUCGCCCCGUGUGGAGAGCCACAGCCUGCUCACCAAGGAGGAGGAGGACGACGAGAUGCGGGACAGCGGCGUGGAGCACAUCUGGCCCGACAACGACAUGCUGAGUGCCUCAGUUGAUGGUACUGAUGAAAUAAAAGAUGACUUUGACAACCUUGGGCCUGAUGCCACUCUGCAGGCAGUUGGAAACGGUACAGUCAAGAGCGUCGAUUGCACUUCAGAGUUUGAGGACUUCUUCGCCAAGCGGAAGCUGGACGAUGGCGACAGCCACGUGGUGAGCAUCGCCGAGUACUUGCAGCGGGGCGACACGGCCAUCAUCUACCCAGAAGCCCCAGAGGAGCUGUCCCGCCUGGGCACGCCGGAGGCCACCGGACCAGAGGAGAAUGACCUGCCACCUGGAACGCCAGAUGCCUUCCCCCAACUGUUGAACUGCCCCUACUGUGACCGGGGCUACAAGCGCUCGACUUCGCUGAAGGAGCACAUCAAGUACCGCCAUGAGAAGAACGAGGAGAACUUCGCCUGCCCCCUGUGCAACUACACGUUUGCUUACCGCACUCAGCUCGAGCGGCACAUGGCCACACACAAGCCCGCGCGGGAUCAGCACCAACUGCUCAACCAAGCCGCAAGCAACCGCAAGUUCAAAUGCACUGAGUGUGGCAAGGCCUUCAAAUACAAGCACCAUCUGAAGGAACACCUCCGGAUUCAUAGUGGUGAGAAACCAUAUGAGUGCCCUAACUGCAAGAAGCGUUUCUCCCACUCGGGCUCCUACAGCUCCCACAUUAGCAGCAAAAAGUGCAUUGGCCUGAUCGCUGUUAAUGGCAGGAUGCGCGGCAACAUGAAGACCGGCUCCUCCCCCACCUCGGCCUCCUCCUCGCCCACCAACACUGCCAUCACCCAGCUGCGCCAGAAGCUGGAGAACGGAAAGCCGCUCGGCCUCCCCGAACACAACAACCACCUUAGUAUUAAGACCGAGCCGCUUGACUUCAAUGAGUACAAGCUCAUGAUGGCGUCUCAAGGAUUCGCCGCCCCUGGACCGUUCAUGAACGGCGGCAUGGGAGGGAACAGCCCACUGGGUAUCCACCACAACUCCACUGCUCAGAGCCCCUUGCAGCACCUCGGCCUUGCCAGUCUCGAGUCACAGCUCCUGGGCUACCCGGGCGCACUGGGGAACAACCUGAGCGAGGUGCAGAAGGUCCUGCAGAUCGUGGACAACACUGUGUGCAGGCAGAAAAUGGACUGCAAGCCGGAGGAGCUCUCCAAGCUGAAGGCCUACAUGAAGGAGCUGGGGUCCCAGGUGGAAGAGCAGAGACAGGCGCUGACGUCGGCGGGGGCUCAGAUGGGCCUCCCGCUCGUCAAUCACAACGGCGCCACCAAAAACAUCAUCGACUACACGUUAGAGAAAGUGAACGAAGCCAAAGCCUGCCUCCAGAGCUUGACGACAGACUCGAAGAGACAGAUCAGCAAUAUCAAACGAGAGAAGUCCAACCACAUGCUUGAAGGAGGUGUGGAGGAGAAGGUGCAGGAAAGCAACAUGUUUACGCCUUAUGCUUGCCAAUUUUGCAAAGAAUCCUUUCCCGGGCCAAUACCUUUGCAUCAGCAUGAACGCUACCUGUGUAAAAUGAACGAAGAGAUCAAAGCCGUGCUGCAGCCCAGUGAGAAUCUGAUGCCCAAUAAACCGGGGAUCUUCAUGGAUAAGAACAGCCACUUACCUUCCCCCAUGUUGUCUGAGAAGGGACUCACUGGGCCGCUUAACCCUUACAGGGACCACAUGUCUGUGCUGAAGGCAUAUUUUGCCAUGAACAUGGAGCCCAACUCAGAGGAGCUGCUCAAGAUUUCCAUAGCAGUCGGCCUUCCUCAGGAAUUUGUUAAGGAGUGGUUCGAGCAGAGAAAGAUGUAUCAGUACGGCACCACCAGAACCCCACCAUUAGAGCACAGGAACCACACUGAUAUGGUUGUCGGAACAAAUAACCACCACACUCCACCAAAAGACUCAAUGGCAGCUAGGUCACCGCAUUCACUCAUCAAGCCUGCUGAUCACAUCACGUCCUCCGCCCUCGCAGAGCUCCACAACACCAUGAACAACUGUGACAUGAACAACUCGCUCAGACAUUUGAAAAGCCACCCGUUCAGCAGCGGCGCCAAAGCCGCAGGUGAAAAACUGGACCACUCCCGCAGCAACACGCCCUCGCCGCUCAAUCUGUCCUCCACCUCGUCCAAAAACUCUCACAGCAGCUCUUACACUCCCAACAGCUUGACUUCGGAGGACCUGCAGGCCGAGCCGCUGGACCUCUCUCUGCCGAGACUCAUGAAGGAACCCAAGCAUGCACUGACUGUCAAAAGCAGACCUAAAGUCAACAGUAUCACCAUUGACCAUAACAGCGUUCCCUCUCCCCGAGAGCACUUCGAAGAGCCUUUGAACUUGGCCUAUCUCAAGAAAGAAUUCUCAGGCUCCAACAACGGAAGCCUAGAAAAAAGCACUAGCCCCAUCUUUGGCAUUAACCCGUUUGCCGCCAAACCCCUCUACACGUCACUCCCACCACAGAGCGCUUUCCCGCCUGCCACAUUCAUGCCCCCCAUGCAGGCCACCAUACCGGGGCUGAGGCCCUAUCCGGGCAUGGAUCAGAUGGGCUUCUUACCACACAUGGCCUACACUUACGCGGCGGGCGCCGCCACGUUCGCUGAGAUGCAGCAGAGGAGAAAGUACCAGCGGAAACCAGGUUUCCAGGGGGACCUGCUCGAUGGUACACCAGAUUACUUGUCAGGGCUGGACGACAUGACAGACCCCGACUCCUGUCUGUCGCGGAAGAAGAUUAAGAAGACCGAAAGUGGCAAGAGGCCACACCAGUGCCAGAUCUGCAAGAAAGCCUUCAAACACAAACACCAUCUCAUCGAGCACUCCAGGCUGCACUCGGGGGAGAAACCGUACCAGUGCGACAAGUGCGGGAAGCGGUUCUCACACUCGGGCUCCUACUCGCAGCACAUGAACCACCGCUACUCCUACUGCAAGCGGGAGGCUGAAGAGCGGGAGGCGGCGGAGAGGGAGGCUCGCGAGAAGGGCCACCUGGAGCCCACAGAGCUGCUGAUGAGCCGGGCAUUCUUGCAGGGCAUGACACCUCAGGGUUACCCGGAGAUGGCGGAGCGCGAGGCCAUCCUGAGGCACGACGCCGUGAACGGAGGCGGGAUCAGAGAGGGACGGAAGGAAGUGGAUGGAACGUAUGCCAAGAUUGGACGGAGGGAGGAUGAGUUUGAGGAGGAGGAGGAGGAGAUCAAGAGCAUGGACACGGACCCGGACACGUUGAGGGACGAGGAAGAGAAUGGAGAACACUCGAUGGAUGAGAGCUCGCUAGACGGCAAAACGGAAACCAAAUCGGAUCACGAGGACACGAUGGAGGAUGGCAUGUAACUGGCAGUGGCGGCGUUGUUUUUUUUUUUUUUUUUUUUUAAAGCUUCCCAUCUUAAAAAAAAAAAAAAAUAAGUUUUAAGUUUGUCUCUUUGGGUUCAGUAUUCUUACCUACUCGGUUUAAAACACCGUUUUAAGCUGUACGUGCACGUGCCUGAAGCUUCUGGGAAGCUUUCUUUGACAGACUCCUCGGGGGGGAAAGAUGUCUGCCAAACAAGACAUGGACUCAAAAAUCAAAUCUGGAGGAGGCGUUGAGGGAAGGGAGGCAUGGGUUUGUGAAAUAAGCUGCAUUAUGCAAACCGAACAAUGAAUAAAUGAAUACAUUUCAUAAAAUGUACAGUACUAAGGCCUAAAAAUAUGUGUGGUGCUAACCUCCUCAAAUAAAACCCCUGUGUUCCAUAGUAUUUAUAGCACAACUAGUGACUUGUACAAAUUGCACUCCGCUUCUAUAAUCAUGAACAAAAAUAAUAAAAAGUAUUGCCUAUGUAUAUAUUUAUACAGUGUUGGAAAAAGAGCAGUAGUGUCUGCACUACAGUCCUUCGAUAUUACCUUUGUUAUCACCUACCUACCUACCUACCUACCUACGGUGUCGUCUUUAGUUUUGCCCCGUUGCCCAGUCAUAAACAUCUUCAGCCACACUGUUUUAGGCCUCUCCAAUCAACUCCAAAUGAAGGAUUAUGAACAAAAGACUGUGUGAAGGAGCUUAGAAGGUUGUUGGUUUUUUUUUUUAAAGGAGGAUGAAGUUUUAAAGAGACCUUCGUUUAAGGGAAAUUACAGAUUAUGGACAGAUGGUAUGGGGAGAAACGUGAAGGACGAAGCCUUUGUAAGGUGUUUUUGAUAAGAAAAAAGAAGCCUUAUAUGCAAACCUUUUAACCUGUGUGUUUUCUGCAAGUGCCACCCUCGUAUUGUGUAAAAGGAAGGUUACUUUUUUUUCACCAGCUUCAGUAUUAUGAAAUGAUUCAUCGUUGUUCUUUGAAGCACCCGUGUCAGUAUUAAGACUUAUAGGCAUCAGUUCCUUAGUUUACAUUAUGUUGUGCAAUGUUUUCUCAGUUUUCUUUUCUUUUUACCUUUGUCAGUAUUACACCAAACCAAUUUUUUUUUUUUUUUUUUUUUUUUGGAAAACAGCAAAUUGCAUUCAUUUUAUUUGUAGGUUGAAAAAAAAACAUUAUUUAUGUGGCCCAUUUUAUAUUUCCUAAUUUUAUUUAUUUCAUACUGUUGUGUACAGUACUAUAGUUCUUCAAUAUAUAGAUAUAUUUUAGUAAAAAGGAACAUGGUGUCGAUCAUAGGGGCAAAUUUUACGUAAAGAGAGCAUUUAUUGUGUUUUGAAACAUUGUGAAAUGCGAAGUUUAAUCUUAUUUUAUUUUAUUUUCCUUUUAUUUUCCAGAUACUGGAAAAUUCCAAAUUUGGGAACUUUUAUACAAUUGUGAAAACACUGUAUUUUCGACUGAAAAAAUUCCACUUUCUUCAUCUUUGUUUCUUUUUUUAAGCUAAAAAAAAUGAAGAGGGACUGUUAAAUACUAUGUAUGAUAUCAUGACUGAAGAAGAAUCUUUCCUGAAAUGUCUUUGUAAAAGUAUUAUUGAAUUCUUAAUUUGUAAUUUCUCUUGAAAAUGACCCUGCUCGAAUAAAAGUAGCCAAAUUACAGAGUA